UUCAAAAUGUCACCGGUGUUGUGUUUUCCUCUCUCUGUCUCUUUCCUCCUCUCUCUUUCCCUCUCUGACUUUCAACAUAUUUCCUCCGUGUUUUCUCAAAAAUACUUUCCAGCCGUAGCAGACUGCAGCAGAGCUGACACUGUGACUGCCGUUGGGUAAAGAGACUGCAGCAGAGCUGACACUGUGACUGCCGUUGGGUAAAGAGACUGCAGCAGAGCUGACACUGUGACUGCCGUUGGGUAAAGAGACUGCAGCAGAGCUGACACUGUGACUGCCGUUGGGUAAAGAGACUGCAGCAGAGCUGACACUGUGACUGCCAUUGGGUAAAGAGACUGCAGCAGAGCGGACACUGUGACUGCCGUUGGGUAAAGAGACUGCAGCAGAGCUGACACUGUGACUGCCGUUCGAUAAAGAGACUGCAGCAGAGCUGACACUGUGACUGCCGUUGGGUAAAGAGACUGCAGCAGAGCUGACACUGUGACUGCCGUUGGAUAAAGAGACUGCAGCAGAGCUGACACUGUGACUGCCGUUGGGUAAAGAGACUGCAGCAGAGCUGACACUGUGACUGCCGUUCGAUAAAGAGACUGCAGCAGAGCUGACACUGUGACUGCCGUUGGGUAAAGAGACUGCAGCAGAGCUGACACUGUGACUGCCGUUGGGUAAAGAGACUGCAGCAGAGCUGACACUGUGACUGCCGUUGGGUAAAGAGACUGCAGCAGAGCUGACACUGUGACUGCCGUUGGGUAAAGAGACUGCAGCAGAGCUGACACUGUGACUGCCGUUGGGUAAAGAGACUGCAGCAGACCUGACACUGUGACUGCCGUUGGAUAAAGAGACUGCAGCAGAGCUGACACUGUGACUGCCGUUGGGUAAAAGACUGCAGCAGAGCUGACACUGUGACUGCCGUUGGGUAAAGAGACUGCAGCAGAGCUGACACUGUGACUGCCGUUGGGUAAAGAGACUGCAGCAGAGCUGACACUGUGACUGCCGUUGGGUAAAGAGACUGCAGCAGAGCUGACACUGUGACUGCCGUUGGGUAAAGUAAAAGAGAGGAUAUCUACACUAUUAUGGCUGAUGUUCCUGUUCCUCCUUCCUCACUGAGAACAGAGGGGAUCCUCCUGAGAGAGAUCCACGUCAACCUGCUGGAGUGUAAAGUCUGCUUCGAGAAGUAUAACCCACGGCAGAAGGAACGCCGGCCUCAGAACCUGUCCUGCGGCCAUGUACUCUGUCUGGAAUGUGUCCGGGCGCUCUCCCACCCCGUCCUCAAGAAGCUUGAGUGCCCUUUCUGCCGGCAGCUGUGUGACGUUGACAGCACUUCCCACUGCCAGGCGCUGACAGACCUCCAGGAUCUUCUGCUCUCCCGCUCCCCCAGGUCACCUGUCCCUCAUCGGGUCAGAGGAGGCAGCGGCUGGGUCGGAGGUCUGGGCUCUGGAGCUCUGCGACUUCGCUCAGCCUUCGGGGGCUGGGGGUCCCUGAUCAGCCCCACGGUGGCCGUGUUCGGGUCCUCUGGGACCAUGGUGGUGGUGCACGAUGGAGAAAGGAGGGUGGUGGUAUUCGGGCCUCAGGGCAGGAGGCUGCACGGGUUCGGGCGGAGGGGUCGCGGCCACGGGGAGGUGUGUCACCCGGUGGAUGUGGCGGUGACUCCCAGCGGGUAUGUGGUUGUGACGGAUGCCGGUGACAGUGCAGUGAAAGUGUUCACCACCAGGGGGAGUUUUGUUCUGGCGGUGUGGGACUCCUUCCAGACGCCCUGGGGGGUGGAUGUGGACAGCUGUGGACAUAUCCUCGUCACUGACAUCCAGGCCGGCACGCUCUCCCAGGUUGUGGUGGACUUUGCCCGUGGCGUGACUCUGAUGAACCGAGCGGUCAUAACCGACCUCCAGCGGCCCAAGGCAGUGGCCUGCUGUCGGGUGACCGGGAACAUCGCCCUGGUGGAGACACUGGGGCUCACAACCACACAACCUCCAAAUGGCCCCCGGCCUACCAGACUGACAAUAUUCAACAAAGACUUUAACAUGCUCUCUCAGAUAGACAGCUUUACUCUGAGCCUGGGGGCCUCAGUGUGGCCCUGCAUGUCUGCCGUGGCCUUUGACAGGGCCGGGGAUGUGAUGGUGAUAGACUCCCAGCGUGGAUUGAUUUGGAGUUUGGGAAAGCUCCAGAACGGCCCGGUCCUAACCCCCCUGGUCAGUGAAGACUUGGUUCGCCCGGUGGGGCUGGUCGCCACAGCACAGAACACGCUGAUUGUUUUAGACAGUGGAGACCAUGCAGUGAAGAUGUAUUCAGUUCACUCGGAUGCUAUUCUAGUCCGAAAAUGAUGUAGGAAGAGUUAGCUGUCUGGCUGACUUGUAUUGUGAAAAAAUACUGGUGACUGGUGAUUCCACCUGUUGUGAUGUAACACAAUAAAAUCCAGAUAAAAAUUAGACAAAUGUUUUAAGAGGAUUUUUUUGAGUGUGAACAGCACUGGUAAUAACAGGUGAAUAAUUACAUGAUAAUGACGUGGAUAAUGACAUGGUAAUGACAGGUGGAUAACAACAUGGCAAUGACAGGUGGAUAAUAACAUGGUAAUGACAGGUGGAUAAUGACAUGGUCAUGACAGGUGGAUAACAACAUGGCAAUGACAGGUGGAUAACAACAUGGUAAUGACAUGUGGAUAAUGACAUGGUAAUGACAGGUGGAUAACAACAUGGUCAUGACAGGUGGAUAAUAACAUGGUAAUGACAGGUGGAUAACAACAUGGUAAUGACAUGUGGAUAACAACAUGGCAAUGACAGGUGGAUAAUGACAUGGUAAUGACAUGUGGAUAAUAACAUGGUAAUGACAGGUGGAUAAUAACAUGGUAAUGACAGGUGGAUAACAACAUGGUCAUGACAGGUGGAUAAUUACUUCUGAGAUUUGCAAAUAAACUAGGCCUACUAAUUGUAAACUGUACUGUGAUUACACUGACUGCACCUAUGUCAUUACAUAUUUUAGGAACAUUUAAGGAA